ACGGAAAGUGCCAACACUCAUGCGCCCAAGAAAAGGGUAUGAAUUUGUAAUAGAAAUUGAUCGUUAAUCAGAGUCGCAUUUUGAUUCUACAGAUAAAAUUGCGACAGCUUGUGAUGGGAUACUGACUUGUUCAUACGACAGAAUGGAAGAAUGCUCACCGCAAUGUCAAAUUGAAUUUGAUUAUUGUAAGAAACUCGGAUGGACUGGAGAGUAUGAGUGCCCAUCUGGAGAAUCAGUCCAAGGAAAUCUCGUUUGUGAUGGCUGGAAGGAUUGCCCGGGAGGGGAGGAAGAAGAGGAAUGUCCAAACAAGUUUUAUUGUGAGAGCGGCAUCCCCGUCAACAUACCGAACGAUAGAGUUUGCAACGAACUGAAGGAUUGCAAUGAUUCAAGUGAUGAAAUAAACUGCUCAGAUAGAACGCACUAUUAUUGUAAUGACACGGGUGACGUCAAAUUUGUUGGUAUUGCACAGGUUUGCGAUGGAAGCCUAGACUGCAGAGAUGGAGGGGAUGAAUGUCUUCCCGAAUGUAUAGAGAGUGCAAUAUCUAGUGUACAUUCGAUGAUAAAAAGUUCCGUUUUCAUGGCAAUGGCUUGGUUGAUAAGUAUUUUAGCUCUUGUUGGCAAUUCGUUCGUGGGAGUAAGGACAGCUAGAAGAAUUUACAAAAGAAGAAGAUCGUUGACAUCGAAUGACAUGAUCAAUAAAAUAUUAAUUUUGAAUCUAUCUGUCUCAGACUUUCUUGUUGGGAUUUACACAACCGCGAUAUGCAUUGCAAAUGCAUACUUGGACGGAAAUUAUUGCAGAAAAGAUCGAGAAUGGCGAGGAGGAGAAAUAUGUGCUGCACUGGGAGUGAUUCUGAUGGUUGGGUCAGAAAAUUCUGUUUUUACACUGACUACUAUAACAGCUUUCAGAGUGAAAUCUUUGGGAAAACCGUUUGGUAAAAUUUCAAUGCGGGCCAUUUUCGUAAUUAUCGGCAUCGAAUGGAUUAUUUCGAUUUCACUAGCUCUCAUUCCACUGAUACCACAACUUGCUGACUACUUCGUGGAUAGCAUUUGGUUUGCUCAAAACCCGUUAUUUUCAACUCUACAAUAUAACGAAAUUGAAGAUUUAUACAAAUGGUUGGCUUCAAUUCAAGAUAUCUCGGAAUACACUUCAUCUGAUUCUUCUGCUACUUGGUCGAAAGUGGAGAAUUUGAUAUUGAAACUAAAUCCGGAAUACAAAGUUAAACGUCGAUUUGGUUACUAUUCAACUCAUGGUGUCUGCCUUCCUACUCUAUUUCCAAAUCGAAACACUGAUACUGCAUGGGCAUAUUCUCUAUUUUUCGUCAUCAUCAAUUUUUCAUCAUUCGUAGCAAUUUUUAUUGGAUAUCUUAAAAUAUACAGGGACACUACGACAAAUGAUGCAACGCGCGAGGAAAUUGCGCCGGCAUUGCAGAGGAAAAUAACCAGGAUUGUGGUUACUGAUUUUCUAUGUUGGAUGCCGGUGUGCAUCAUGGGAUUUCUACAAGUUGCGGGAGUGGACAUACCGAACGACGCAUAUGUUCCAGUGGCAUUGAUUUUGCUACCCAUCAACAGUGCACUUAAUCCGUUUCUGUAUUCUGAUACACCAGAAUACAUAUGGGAAAAAUGCAAGCCUUUGCGUGAUUUAUUUUGUCAAAGAUCAUCAGGUACAGAUAAUGCUACAGAUAAUGGAGAGGUUGUUUUUGUGAAUUUACUCUAA